CAGCAGCAAAGGCAGUAAUAGCAGUGAAAGCAGCAUGGCCCAAAUGGCGAGAAGCGGGGAAAGGGGGUGCCAAAUGAAAAGCCCGUGGAAAGCCGUGCAUACUGAGUAAUGAUUUUCGUGCGAGUGUGUGAAAAUGAAAAUUGUUGUUUGCUGCGCAAGCUAAAUGAAAAUGAUCAAAUAACCAACGACAAGAAACCGGAAUGUGCGAAACGUUGAAACUAAAAAAACAAAACUCCAAAUAGGAAAAAAUAUCUAUAGAUGUAUAUAUAUUUUAAAAACCAGGAAAUCACAUAUAAAAUGCCAGCUUCCUGCCACACACACACCCAUGCUAUCCGCACACACACAGUACCAGGAAAAACUGAAACCUAAAUUUUGGUCCAUGAAUGAACUAACAUUCACACUCACAUCCACAGUCACCCAUCACAUCACACACACAUGUGCAGCAUUUAGAGGCCUAUAAAAAAAGGCUAUUUUCGAAAGAUUUUUGCUGGCCAAAAAAAUAGAAAUAGGAACGUGCCGCGCAUUUGGAGGAACUGGAAAGAUACAUAUACAAUAUAAAGCGAGAAAAUAAAAAAGAUAUUCGUAUAAUUAAAAGAUAAAAAUUAACAACCCAAACGAGGAGACAGAUACAAGGAUACCGACCCAGAGAUAUAGAGAGAGAAAACAAGAUAGAAAACGGGAAGGAGGGAAGCGCAGUUAUUGAAAGUUGAGGGGCAACCAUCGGUGAUGUGGGACACAUCCCGGCACGGGCAAUGCAACAACCCCAACGUUAUAUACCGUCUGUAUCUGAUCUAUAUGGCACGGACGAGAUAGAACUGCUGCUGGACGAGAUUCGGGAGUUGGAGCUGGAGCCGGUCUGCUGUCAGCUGGACGAUGAGCAGGACUUUGAGAUAGCUGGCAGCAGGGCCGGCGAGCUCUCCCACUCGCACUCGCACUCGCUGUCCCUGGAAUCCCCCCUGGGCACUUGCACCUCCUGGGACUCGCAUGCCAACUACAAGCAGAGGGGCGGCCACACCCCCCUGCCCUGGGGCGUCGCCCUUCACUGUGAUCCGCAACACUUGAAAUCGCCUACAGGGAUUGUGCGCAUACUAUUGGUGUUAUCCUCGGCCGCCUGUUUGGCCUGCGAAUGCUCCGCGGGCACCGUACAGGUGGGCCUCUUUCUACUGCCACUCAUCGGGCGCCUGAGGCUGAUGGUCUUCUGUGCGCUCUUCUCGCUCCUCAUCACAUGUCUCAUGCUCUUUCUGGAUAUAUCGCAUAUAGCCCUAAUGUUCCCAUUCAAUUGGACAAAAGUGAAUACGUGGAUGUACCUGAGUAUUGGUUUGAUAUUUAUUUUGAGCUCCACGCUGCUUGUCCAUAUGGUGCUCUAUGCCGUGGAAUACACAUGGGUAUCCAAGCAUUCCAAGGACACACUGCUGGCCACAGGCAUUAUUGGCUAUAUGUGUGCCUUGGAGGCAUUUCUUUUGUCGGGCAUCGCAUCCUGGCCAAGGACUCAGUACCGUCAGGUGCCCGACGAUGCCAGUGAAUUGUUUAUCGAGGAUCGCGAGAUGACGCCGAUGAGUCCCAUUAACUGUAGCACCGAUCUGCAGACGACGCCAUAUCACCAUAAUGGCAAUGCAACAUCAUCGGAUCUAUAUAACCAACAACAACAACAAUCGUCCUAUAAUCAAAAGCCUUAUAUACCUGCCAAACGACCCAAUGAGCUCAACAAUCAGCGUCCAGCGUUGGGUCACACACAAACCGCACGGUCGAAACCCAAUCAGCACUACAGAGAGGGCUACCACUAUCACACAUCCCGCCAGAGCCCCACAUUCGUGCUGGGCAAUGAUCCGGGCAAUGGUCCAUCCACGUCCCGUUCCAAUGAUAAUUCUAGUGCGUGAUAGUUUUUAAUUCCUCAGCCCAGAAGAUCAACGAUGAGAUGUUUAAAUCCAAAUCCAAAUGAAUGAAAAUAGGUACGAUCUCAGCUAUUAAAUUGGCAGGACAUGUUGAGAUGCAUUUCGGUCAGUGUAAGGAUGCAAAAUUGUUGAAUAGUUUAAAAAACCCAGAAGCAAAACUCGUCGGGAUUUAAAGUUGAGACACCAACGGAGAAAAUAUUUAAACAGCCGAGCAAAGCAAACAAUAAUAAAUUUAAAUAAAUGGGAGUAUGUGAACUGCAAGGUCAAAAGUGAGGGAAAUUUAAUGAAUUUAAAGAACAUAAAAUUUGAAAACGAAGAUCAACCAGAUCAGCGCCCAUUUGAUUAGUUUUACGAACACCAAAUAUUUGAAAUUGGUCAAUGUUGAGCUAUAACUAUAAAAACAAGAUGGAUAUAUAAUUGGUAACAAUAUGGUAUCAAGGUAACGAGGAAAAUUGCAAGCAAAAUUGAAGAUUAGAAAUUAAAAUGAGCAUGGAAAUGGAAAUCAACUUGUUAUAAA